AGUCGACAUUGGCCAUUUGGCCAAUCAGAUUGGAAAGGAGAGCUAGACCAAUCCGACUUGAGCCACUCUCGUGCUACAGUGAACUAUCUCGGCCGGACAGUUUGGCCGGACAGACCUGGCCUCGAAUAUGAUGUCGUUGUGGUUGUGCUUGCGGUUGUCGUGGUUGUGGUUGUGGUCGUCGUUGCUGUCGCGAGUGCAAAAAGACAGUGCCGCAGUCGUGCGUGUUGGCUGGUCACGAUGAAGGCCGUCAACGAGACGGAGGUGAACGUUUCAGCUCACGACAGCCGGCUUUGGAUGUAUUGUGCUCCGGUGUUGAUGGUGCUGGGGGUGGUGGAGAACUCGGUCUCGGUGUUGGUGUUGUCGACGCGUCGGUUUCACGGCAUGCCGAGUCGAUGGACGCUGGUCUGGUUGUCGUUGGUCGACGGACUCGUCGUCUUCGUCGGGCUCGGACGCUACUGGAUCAGCGCCCUGUUCGCCACUCGACCCAACCAGUGGGGUCGAGUCUGGUGCAAACUGGUCUCCUUCCUCGUCUUCGGACUGUCGCAGACCAGCUCUCUCCUCGUCGGCCUCAUCAGCCUCGAGCGCGGACUCAGCAUUUGCGCACCGCACCGCUUUCACCGGCAACGUUACUACGUCGAUCGGUUGGGAGGACUCGUCCUCUUCGUCGCCGUCCUCCUCGUCAACUCGGUCCACUUUGAGUUCACCGUGUUGACGCUCAACUCGGCCGCCGUGCACACACUCACCGGCACCAACGCCAGCCUGCCAGAGCCGGGACCCGGUGUACCGUUGCACACCUACUUUUGCACCAACGAAAGCGAACUGAUCGCUCUUUUGAUGGAUCUGCUCGAUGUGUUGCUCUAUUUUGUUGUGCCCUUUUGUGUCAUCUUCACCUGCAACAUCGCAAUUAUCGUCAGCCUUCGACGUGGUUCUCGACGCCUUCGCGGACAUUUGCAGACAGGCUUCUGGACGGCACUUCAACGCAGACUCGCCGGCCCCGGGCCCACGUCGAAUAAGCUACUCGAGCUCGAGACAACGGCAAAGGUGACGACGACAACGACGACAACGACGACGACAACGACGACGAUGGCAAAACCGACAGCACGAGAAGCCAUAGCCAUAACUACGGUGACGGCAACAUCGCAAACGUCAACGGCGAUAACACGAACGGCGAUGACAGAACCGACAGCGACAACGACGGCGACAUCGGCAACGGUGACAACACAAACGGCGAUGAAAGAACCGACUUUGCCAACGACGGCGACAUCACAAACGGUGAUGACAGAACCAACAGCGCAAACGACGGCGACAUCGCAAACGUCAACGGUGACAACACGAACGGCGAUGACAGAAUUGACAGCACAAAUGACGGAGACAUCGCAAACGGUUAUGACAGAACCGAAGUCGCCAACGACAACCGUGACAACACGAAUGGUGAUGACAAAACCAAUAGCACCAACGACGGCGACAUCGCAAACUUCAACGGCGACACCACGAACGGCGAUG